AUGUCUUACCUUGUGUAUGCAGUGGAUAAUGCAGACCGACUCACUUUGCUCGGUCCACCCACGCCUGAGGGGGGACCCAAUUUGAAGCAAAUUGCGUUGAGUUAUAUUCAUGCACCCAAGCUUGCGAGGCGUACAACCGGUGGGGAGUUUGGACAAGAGGAACCUUGUGCGUUUGAAGCAGCGGAAUUAAUGCGUACCACGUUUAUUGGAAAACCUGUUAAAUUUACAGAAGAUUAUGUUAUUGAUGCACUUCAGCGACGUGCUGGGCGUCUAACACUGGUAAACGGAGAGGAUGCUUCAAUUUUGCUUCUACAAAAUGGUUUUGCAACACUCCCUGAGCGUAUUCCUCCUCGGAUGGAUAAAGCAUUGUUUUCAAAGUACACUGCACUCAUGAACGAAGCUAGAGCUGCGAAGAAGGGUAUAUUUGCUCCUGAUGCCGCACGACAUGUGCGUAAACUAGUGGAAUUAAACUCAGAGGAAACAGUAAAAUUGGGAACAAAAAUAAAAGGAAAGGAAAUUCUUGUACGUGUGGAGGAGAUUCUCCUUCCGACUAUCCUAAUGGUCUCAGCUGAGAGCCUUGGAUCUACACAUAUAGCAGUUCAUAUGCCGGGUGUCACUGUAAAGGAUCCGGACUGUAUGUCAGUCUCAGCUGCCGCGAAGUUUCACACGGAACGUUACUUACUUCAUCGCAAAGUGAAUAUUCUCUUUGAAGGUGUUGAUAGUUUUGGUAAUAUUCUGGGUUCUGUUACCUCAUCUAAAGGUGUCUUUCAAGUGGAACUACUAUCACGAGGACUUGUUAAACUUAAUGGGUCAACAUUGGGAUUUACAUCUCACGCUGAAGAAUUUCAAGCUGCAGAGAAGAAGGCUAAAGAAGGUCGACUUGGAUUGUGGAAAAAUCAUGAAGAACCCAAAGAAUCUAAAACACUUCAGGUAAAUUACGGUUCUGCAGCAUCAGCUACCCCUGGACUUCCAGUAAAGAAUGUUAAUGGUAAUAAUGGACCAGAAUAUAAAGGACCUAUGAUGUUUAAUGCGGUGAUUGUGCAAAUUAUAAAUGGUGAUACUAUCGCAGUACGUGUGGAAGAAACAAAUGAAAUUAUUCGUGUUUCACUUGCAGGUGUGCGUUCUAGCAAAAAUGUAACGCGUGAACAAGAUGGUCGUUCUCCAGAGACUCGUGUAACAUAUAGUGAUUAUGAAUGGGAGGCGAAGGAAUUUCUUCGAACACACUAUAUUGGUAAACGUGUGGUGGUUCAAGUUGAAUUUGCGCGACAAAUACCAGAAACAAAAGAGGUAAGACCAGUAGCUCUUGUAACAGUAUGUGAAACCGGUGAAAACAUUGGCGUAUCACUACUAGAGACAGGUUAUGCUACUUUUUCUCUUGGAAAGAAUGAUAUCUGUUCAGCUGCUUCCUUACUACAGAGUGCUAAUGAAAAAGCUUCAAGUGCUCGUUUGGGUAUUUAUAGUAAAGUUAAUGCUCCUGCAGUGAAGGUUGUGGAAUUAAGUCAUCUUGGAGUUUCUCGUGGCAAGUAUUACCUAAGUUUUCUACAACGUGGUAUGCAGGGAAAUCGUCCACCUAUGUUAAAAGGUGUGGUUGAUGUUGUUAUUGGUGGUAGUUCUCUUCGUGUUUAUAUACCUAAGGAACACUUCCAAAUACCUGUGAAGGUUGCAGGUAUUAUUACUCCUAUGGGAGCUGUAAGUGGAUCAGAAAAUCCUGAUCCAUGUGCUGAGGAAUCAAAAGCUUUUGCUGUAAGUUUAUUACAGCAAAUGGAAGUAGAGAUUCAGGUACAUACUGUUGAUAAAGUGGGUAAUUUUAUUUCUACAGUUUAUCUUCAAGAUGGCACUAAUUUUGCUGUUGCUACAGUAGAAGCAGGAUUGGGAACAGUAGCUAAUGCAGAACGUUUACCAUAUCUUCAGCAACUUAUUGAUGCAGAACGAAAGGCCCAAAGUGAAAAGAAGAACAUAUGGGCAAGUAAUUCAACAAUUCCCCAACGAGCUGCAAAAUUAGAAGCAGAACGAAAUGCUAAUGGUAUUAAAUCAUAUACUCGUUCUACUGGACCACGUGCAGAAUUUAUCUCAUAUACCUUAUCGGAAGUGGGUGAUGAUGGUUAUUCUGUUUAUUUGCAGGAUAAUACAGAAGAAGCGGAGAAUAUGAUGGCUACUCUUCAAGAUCUUGCUAAACAAGCUUCAACAAUUGGUGGUGAAUACCAUCCGAAGCGUGGAGAAUUGGUUGUUGCACAGUAUAAAGCAGAUAAGACUUGGAAUCGUGCUAAAGUUCUUCAUGCGAAAAAGGAUGAUGAGAUCGUGACUGUACUUUUUGUUGAUUUUGGAACAAAAUCUGAAGUACGUGUAAAAGAUAUUCGUCAUAUUCCUCGAGGUCCAGAGUUUGCAAUAGCGCGUGAUACUGCUCCACUUGCACGUUUGGUAUCUCUUGCAUACUUGAAGAAGAAAGUUCCCUCCCAGGAGAGUAACAUUGGUUAUGCCUGUGAUACUGUAUAUGACUAUACUGAUGGUCCUGUAAUUGCGAAGGAGGUCUACCAUGACGGACAGGGAAACCUCUAUUACACAGUAACUGUUAAUGAAAAUGUUGCUUCACUGAGUGAGACCCUGUUGCAGCGGGGGUAUGCAUUGCUUGACAGUACUGCACAGAGUGUUGAUCCAAAUGAUUAUAAGCGUCACGAAGCCGCACAGGCAGUCGCUCGUCGUGGACAUAAAGGGAUGUGGCAAUAUGGUGAUAUUGAUGAUGAAAGUGACGACGAUUGA